GCUCCGGGGGUGCGGGGGUGCGGGGGUGCGGGCGGCAGGCAGGGCCGGCGUGGCCCCAUGCUGCUGCCGCUGGCCUGCCUGCAUGGGCGGGUGGCGCAGUGCCUAACCUCCCUGCUGGUGCUCGCAGAGCCGCUGCCCAGGCCCCGGCGCGGCGCGAAGGCGCGCUGCGCCGCGCCGACCAGUGUGGAGGCGGCCCCGGACGGAGCCACGAUGGCCGCAGAACUGUACCCGCCCGCCCGCGCCUCCGCAGCGACUGCCACCGACAUCGCCAACAGCAACGCGGCGGGCGCGGCCGUGGGCAGGAAGGUCGGCCUUUGCUGCCCGCCCUGCCUGGCGCCCGCCCCGCUGCCGCCCUUGCCCGCGCCGCCCGCGCCAGACAACAACAAUCUCGAGAGCCCCAACUGGCAGUCCUUCCACCCGACGCUGCGCGAGAGGAAUGCGCUCAUGUUCAACAACGAGCUGAUGGCUGACGUCCACUUCAUCGUGGGAGCCCUGGGGGCAGCCAGGCGCGUGCCCGCCCACAAGUACGUCUUGGCUGUCGGCAGCUCCGUCUUCUAUGCCAUGUUCUAUGGGGACCUUGCAGAAGUCAAGUCAGAAAUCCACAUUCCUGACGUCGAGCCUGCCGCCUUCCUGGUCUUGUUAAAGUACAUGUACAGCGAUGAGAUUGAUCUGGAGGCGGACACAGUGCUCGCCACUCUAUAUGCUGCUAAGAAGUACAUUGUGCCUGCGUUAGCCAAGGCCUGCGUCAACUUUCUGGAGACAAGCCUGGAAGCCAAAAAUGCCUGUGUCCUGCUAUCCCAGAGCCGACUGUUUGAGGAACCUGAACUGACCCAGCGCUGCUGGGAAGUCAUUGAUGCACAGGCUGAGAUGGCUCUGAGGUCAGAAGGCUUCUGUGAAAUUGACCGGCAGACCCUGGAGAUCAUUGUGACGAGGGAGGACCUCAACACCAAAGAGGCUGUGGUCUUCGAGGCGGUCCUGAACUGGGCUGAGGCAGAGUGCAAGAGACAGGGCCUCCCUGUCACCCCUCACAACAAGAGGCAUGUUUUGGGAAGCGCCCUCUAUCUAGUCCGAAUUCCAACUAUGACCCUAGAGGAGUUUGCCAACGGGGCUGCCCAGUCAGACAUCCUGACCUUAGAGGAGACCCACAAUAUCUUCCUCUGGUACACAGCUGCCAACAAGCCCCUCCUUGACUUCCCCCUGACCAAGAGGAAAGGCCUGGCUCCACAGAGGUGCCACCGCUUCCAGUCUUCUGCCUACCGAAGUAACCAGUGGAGGUACCGUGGGCGCUGUGACAGCAUCCAGUUUGCAGUGGACAGAAGGGUGUUCAUUGCUGGACUGGGCUUAUAUGGGUCCAGUUCUGGGAAGGCCGAGUACAGUGUGAAGAUUGAACUCAAGCGGCUAGGGAUGGUCCUAGCUCAGAAUCUCACCAAGUUUGUUUCAGAUGGAUCCAGCAACACAUUCCCCGUCUGGUUUGAGCACCCAGUCCAGGUGGAGCAGGAUACCUUCUACACGGCCAGUGCUGUCCUGGAUGGCAGUGAGCUCAGCUACUUUGGGCAGGAAGGGAUGACAGAAGUGCAGUGUGGAAAGGUAGCCUUCCAGUUCCAGUGCUCCUCGGACAGUACCAAUGGGACUGGAGUCCAGGGUGGACAGAUUCCAGAGCUCAUCUUCUAUGCCUGAGGUGUAGUGGUUGGGGUGGACUUGCCACCAGGCUCUUCUCCAUGGAGUCUACCUAGUAAGUGCAGUGGAGGUGCAGGACACUGCCUACUGCCUUACUGGUACCAUUAAAGGCUUGGCUUACUCUAUCAGCCUGAGUCUGAAACAGAUGACUUCUCUUUACAGCCACAGCCUAGGAACUGAAUUGCAGAUGUCCCCUGACCCUGACAUGGUAUUCCACAGAUGGAGGACAGACUUGGGUCCAAGGUAGUCCCAGGUCCCUGCCCAGUGGGCACCCAAGCUUCAGGACCCUUGGGUUUUCCUCCCAUUCUUUUGGAUUCUAAGUGGCUCCAGCCUACCUUGAGGCCUUCUAUUCAAGCCACAAGUUGCUGAAAAGUCACUUAAAAUAGUUCCAUCCUAUUUAAGUGAAUUUUCAUAAUAAAGGUUUCAACAGAACAAGA